CAACAACAAACAAAAAAAAACCAUUUGAUUGACGACUCAAUCAAUUGAUUGAUUGAAUAAUAAUCAUUGCAAAAGACAACAGACAUAUCACCGAUCGGAUCAAUUUGAAGAGUCAAUCGCCCGCGACUACCGAUCAUCACUGCCGACGCCGCAGCCGCUGACCCACUGACCGACGCCGCUAUCAAAUCAAUAGAUGUAUUGAAAACCAAACAAACUCUUCUUCUUCAAGACAUUAACCACACAAGAGAUCUAGUCUUCACAUCCGAAUGGUAUAUCACAUCCGCAGCUGAUAUAUCAUAUGUCAAUGUCAUCCACUGUCCAGUCGGCCACCAACGCAUGUCCGCACAAUACGGUAGCGACGGCGCCGUCGCCGCCGAUAUGCGGCGGCAACGAGUGUGUAAUUGGCUGUAACGGUGGCGCCGGUAGUGGUGGUGGUAGCGGUAAAUCGUCGCCAAUGGUCGAUACGGUUCAUCAGCCGACUAUACUAUUGCGCGGAUCAAUUGCCCGAUCUAUCUAUGAACGUAUGCAACGCGAAGAACAACUGAAACAGUUUGAUAAGACCCGAUGGUAUUCGGUUGAUCUGCCGAUGAUUGACGAACAAAAUCCCGAACUUAGCGGCCAAUUCGUUCAGAUGGACUACGAUUGCCAGACCAGACAAUUCAUUAAUCAGUGUUACGAAAAAUCUGACCAAUAUUUUACACAUUUAUUCCAAUCGAUUGCCCGAACCAUACUCUGUCUGUUUAUGUCCAGUACUUCCGUUAACGGACUGUUGGGUCGCGGAUCGAUGUUUGUGUUCAGCGACCAACAGUUUCGCACACUUAUCGGCGAUUAUGAUGGCCGCCGCCAAUUGACCACCGAUUAUGACUGUCAUAAUACUAGACAACAUUCAAACAGCAACAACGGCUUCUGUACGGCGCGGCCGCCGCCACCGAUAAUCAAUAGCCAGACGACUAUUGGUGGUAAUAAUAAUAAUAAUAAUGACCAGAAAACCGAAAGAAUACUGUUAGAUAUCGGUGCCGGCGAUGGAAAAGUUACCGAAAUUAUGGCCAAAUAUUUCGAUAAGAUUUAUACGACAGAGAUAUCGUCGGUAAUGAGGAAGAUAUUGCUGAAGAAAGGUUACCAUACUUUAGACAUCGAUGAAUGGCAUGAAUACGGACUGGAAUUUGAUGUGAUUGCGUGUCUGAAUGUAUUGGACAGAUGUGACCGACCGAUGACAAUGUUAGAGCAAAUGAAAUCAAGUUUGCGACCGAAAUCGGGUCUAAUAGUGUUGGCAUUGGUUUUGCCGUUCAGUCAGUACGUCGAGGUUAACAAUGAUAAUCAAGGGGCGGCUCAAGUAGGCAUACCAACGGAACAGUUACCCAUUGAUGGCCAUACGUUUGAGGAACAGUUAACAUCGUUUGUCGACAAUGCGCUGACGCCUAAUGGCCUUCAAGUGGUUAAGUGGACUAAAUUGCCGUAUCUUUGCGAGGGUGACCUCGAACUGACCUACUAUUGGCUAUACGAUGUGGUACUAGUGCUCAAAACAUUUGAAGAGGAUUAACCUUAAUAUUAUAAUUAUUGUUGUUGUUGUUAUACAAUAUAUAUAUAUAUUUUA